UGUAUUCCCAACUUGGAUCUUCGUUGCGGCGACCAUUGAGACUCAGAGCCUUUUCUACCGCAAAGACUCAGGUGUCUUCCAACACCAAGAGAGUAGUGCAGGGUGUCAUUGCUACGGUCGGUCUCGCUUCUGGAUAUGUUCUUUACCAGGAUUCCCAAACUGCUCAGGCCAUGACUGCUGCCGAGCACGGUUUGCACGCUCCAGAAUACGGAUGGUCCCACGGUGGUAUGUUUGAUACAUUUGACCAUGCCUCCAUUAGAAGAGGUUUCCAAGUCUACAGAGAGGUUUGCGCAGCAUGCCAUUCCUUGGACAGAGUUGCUUGGAGAACGCUUGUUGGUGUUUCGCACACUCAGAGCGAAGCCAGAGCCAUGGCUGAAGAGUUCGAAUACGACGAUGAACCAGAUGACCAAGGUAACCCAAGAAAGAGACCAGGUAAGCUUGCCGACUACAUCCCAGGUCCUUAUGCCAACGAACAGGCUGCCAGAGCUGCCAAUCAAGGUGCUCUGCCUCCUGAUCUCUCGCUGAUUGUCAAGGCCAGACACGGUGGUUGUGACUACAUUUUCUCGUUGUUGACUGGUUACCCAGAUGAGCCACCAGCCGGUGUCCAGCUUCCUCCAGGUUCCAACUACAACCCAUACUUCCCAGGUGGUGCUAUUGCCAUGGGUAGAGUCCUGUUCGACGACCUUGUUGAGUACGAGGAUGGCACUCCAGCUACCACAUCGCAGAUGGCAAAGGAUGUUACCACAUUCUUGAAUUGGGCCGCUGAGCCUGAACACGACGAGAGAAAGAGGCUUGGUGUCAAGGCAUUAAUCAUUGUCACCUCCCUUUACUUCCUGUCUGUCUGGGUGAAGAAGUUCAAGUGGGCUCCAAUCAAGCACAGAAAGAUCACCUUCCAUCCACCAAAGAAAUAAACGUCAGCAUUCAAAACUAUAGACUAAUGAGAUUGUCCGUUCUGAGGAGCUUUGGUUCUUGAUCGUCUAUAACCUAUGUAUAUCUAUCUAAACUGACUAUCUUGACCAGCGUCGAUUGCUAUACGUAGAUUAUCGAAAAAACGAGGUACAAAUAUGCGUAUAGUACAGACUGCUACGGGGCUUCUGAACAUUGAUUGUGAAAAUUCUGUCCUAUCAAAGCCGAGGUGACGAGCAGGUGAGUGGCAGGAGGCAACGAUCUCGCUCACAUUUGAAACCUGCUACCUUAGCACAUGGUGUAAGG